AUGUUUUGGUCCGGUAUUAUCGCAUUUACGGUUCUUUCUGGCCUAACCAAAGGCCAGGGGCAGAAUACUAUGCUACGAUUUGGCUGUUCACAAAUUGUUAUUGAUCGAAUCGACCCUCUUGUCAACCCCGACAUGCUUCCCAGCCCACACAUGCACCAAGUGGUUGGUGGAAAUGCCUUUAAUGUCUCAAUACCUUCAACUGAUGUCAGUACUAUCGCGGAUUGUACUAGCUGCAGUUACGCUGAUGAUCUCUCAAACUACUGGACGGCAAACCUAUACUUCAAAGCCAGGAAUGGUACCUACAAACGAGUUCCCCAGGUACCUAACCGAUUGCUGUUUAAUGACAAGUUCACAACGCAGACGAGUGGUGGAUUUGUAGUAUACUAUGUUUCGGAUGGGAAAAAGAAGGUCACAGCGUUCAAACCCGUAAGUCUGAAUCUAUGAAUCGAUAACUAGCAUUGAUGCAAGUACAUAGGGGUUCCGCAUGCUUGUUGGAGAUGCAAACCAGCGCUCGAAGAUAAGCAGUGGAAGGAAGACACAGAGUUGCUUCCGUUGUUAUAAUGGGCCAAACUUUGGAGGUGAUAAUGCAGCUCCAUGCCAAGAUGCAAAAUUGGACACUGAAGAGCUUCCUAAAGGCCAAUGUCUGGGAGGCAUUCGUUCUAACAUUUUGUACCCAACCUGCUGGGACGGUGUGAAUCUUGACAGUCCAGAUCACAAGUCGCAUGUCGCUUAUCCAUCAGGUGGGCCACAACAGUUCACUGGAUCCAGCACGGGUGGGGCAUGCCCCUCAACUCAUCCUGUCAAAAUCCCGCAAAUCAUGCUGGAAAUUGUGUGGGAUACAACGAAGUUCAACAAUAAAGCAGAGUGGCCGGCAGAUGGAUCGCAACCUUUUGUUCUGAGCACAGGGGACAAUACAGGUUAUGGCCAGCAUGGAGAUUACGUGUUUGGCUGGAAGGGUGACUCUCUCCAGAAAGCAAUGGUAGGUCUAAAAUCAUCACGGUACCAAUGUGGAAAUACUGACAUGGGGAAUAGGAUAGCGGAGCAGGUUGUAUGGGUGCCGCUUGUGGUGGCCUCAAAACUCAAACGAUCGACCCUGCCAAUAAAUGUAAAGUGACGAGCAAGUAUCCAGAGAACUACGAUGGGUGUAAGUGAAGAAGGAAAAGUUAUUACAUAUAGAUUCUGACAUUAUACAGGGCUGGAAAAGCUCCCAGGAAUGGCCUGA